AUGCUCACUCAAUACAGACCUACAGUGAACAAGGAGGGUUAUGAAGCUGAGAGGCCUAUUCCAAACAGGCUCAUGAGUUAUAUGAAGUCCAAGGAGAUUAGGAGAGCGUACAGACGUAUACGCAAGACACUAGAACCAGUGUCUCGAGCCCCGUUACGCAUAGGAACAGCCGAGGAAGAAGAGAGGACUGAGGACACAUCAAGGCCUCAAGCAGAGGGAGAGACGGUGAGAGCAGGUGAAGAGAGGAUGAGAGCAGAGGAAGAAAGGGUACGGGUACAGCAAGAGAGAGAGAGAGAGAGAGAAAGAAGAACAGAGGAGGUGAGGAUAAAGAGAGCUAAGAGGGAGAAAAAGAAAAAGGAAGAAGUCAAGCGAGCAGAGCAAGAGAGAUUGGCUGAGCUUACUCGUGCUAAAGCAGAGGAGGAGCGAGCAGAAAAAGCUCGCCAAGCAGAAAUCGCUCGUCUGAGGGAAGAGGCCAGACUCAGAGCAGAAGAAGAAGCUCGUCAAACCUUGGCUCACUCCUCUAGUCCAAACCAAGGGGAUGACCAAGAGCACUACGACGAUGCUGCAAGGUCUUACACAAGUGAGGAAAGUGAGGAAAAGGAAGAAGAAAGCACAGAAGAAGAGAGUGAAGAAAAAAGAGUGAGGAAUAAGAGGAAUAAGAGGAAGAAGAGGGAGGAGACACUAUAUGCAACAGACGUUUUUGAGUAG